AUGGAAUUUUUAUUUGGGCGUCGUAAAACACCAGCUGAAAUGCUGCGACAAAAUCAACGUGCACUGAAUAAGGCGAUGCGUGAACUUGAUCGAGAACGAGCGCGUUUGGAGAUGCAAGAAAAGAAAAUUAUCGCUGACAUAAAGAAAAUGGCUAAAAUGAAUCAAAUGGAUUCAGUCAAAGUAAUGGCAAAAGAUCUUGUUCGGACUCGUCGUUACGUUAAAAAAUUCAUUAUGAUGAAAGCCAAUAUUCAAGCAGUCUCACUCAAAGUACAAACCUUAAAAAGUCAAGAUGCAAUGUCGCAAGCGAUGAGAGGAGUUACACAAGCUAUGAAAAAUAUGAGCAGACAGAUGAAUCUACCACAAAUCCAAAAAAUAAUGAUGGAAUUCGAAAGGCAAACGGAAAUAAUGGAUAUGAAAGAGGAAAUGAUGGGUGAAGCAAUCGACGAUGCAAUUGCUGAUGAAGGCGAUGAAGAAGAAACUGAUGCAGUUGUUUCUCAGGUACUGGAUGAACUAGGAAUACAAAUGAAUGAAGAAUUAUCAGCCUUGCCGAAUGCCCAGUCAGUAUUAUCGCCUGCAGAUGGUAAAAAAGCACAAGCGGCGUUAUCAGAUGCAGAUGCCGAUCUCCAAGCCCGACUUGAAAAUUUACGAAGGGAAUGA